UUUGACGAUUCGAUUGAGAAUUACAUUUUAUGAUGUGAAUAAUAAUAUGUGAAUUAACUUUUUAUUUAACAAAAUUAUUCAUUUACAAUGAUUAUUUUAUAAAAAAAACAAAAUUAACGUAAAUCUGUAUUGAUCAUAGACAAUAGUGUAACACUGUUCAAGAGUUUGAGCCAUUUUUUUUUUUACUCGCACGUUCGCUCAAUGAUGUCUACGGUUUACCUAUCAAAAGUACCAAAUAGCAAUCAUGUAGACACAAUUCAGAAAAUGUAUGCCAGUGAAAACAUUUCCAGCUCAAAAUUGUUCAAUCAAUAUGUCUUUGUGAAAAUUAGUAAGGAGAUAAAAAUUAUAUGCCGGAUCGUUCCACAGUUAAAUACUAGUUGCUCUUUUGCCCGUUGCGACGUUAGCGUCGUCCAACACUUACCAGACCAACUCAUUGAUCCCAUGACUGUAAUGCUAGAUACGUUUAUUGAUCAAAAACACAUUGAAGCGAUUAACGUAACAAAAGCAAAACAAAUCUUUGUUAGUGUAGUUUUUACUGAUGUUAAACAUCAAAAUGAAUGGUCGAUGAAACCUUUAAUGUUGGCAGAAGCCAUCAACAACUGUUUGCAAUUAUUCGUUGUGCACAACAAUUGUAUAGUGAACCUGAAAAAACUCAGACCAAAACAAAUGUUAAAUAUUGACUUUAUUCUCGUUCAUAAAACCGAUUGUAAAAAUAACGCUGCUUUGACUACGCCUGAAACUAACAUAAUGAUUAUUCAAACUAUGAAUUAUCAACAGUUUCAACAGACUAAAAUUGGUUGUAAAGUAGAACCACUUUUUGGUCUUGAUCCACAAAUACAAUGUUUGAAAAGUAUUAUAGAAGUAGCCAAAACUGGACAAAAGUCUAUUUGUAAUCAGAUAUUGUUGAUUGGACCUUCGGGCUGUGGAAAAACCAGUCUUGUCAAGCACAUUGCCGCAUCUCUGAAAUGCAUUCUUUUAAACUUUUUGUCUACCGAUUUCAUUAAUUCUGAUCCUGGUUCUACUGAAACUGUAAUUAGAAAUGUAUUUUCAAAAUCUCAACUCAUAGUACAACAAGAUAAAAAAAUCAUCUGUAUAAUAAUGUUGGAAAAAGCAGAAAGUAUGUUAAACGGAAAAGGUACCAACGCCAGACGAGUUUGCGCGCAAAUCCAAGAUUGUUUAGCGUCUGUCCGAGAUAAUUCUCGAAUAAUUGUAAUCGCUACCACAAGUAUUCCCCAAUCGAUCGAUGCAUCUUUUAAACAAGGUUCAAGGUUUUCAUACGAAAUCUACAUUGGCGUUCCUACUGAAGUUGACCGAUCUAAAAUGAUAUACGGUUUUUGUCGCAACUUCAACAUAAAUAUCAAUUAUGAUAUUUCAUCUUCGUUGGCUGAAUUGACACCCGGCUAUACUGCGGCAGAUUUAGAACAAGUGACAAAAGAAUUUUCCAACGAUCCAACCGUAAUCGUAGAUCUGCAAAAUGGAGUAUUAACAAAUGCAAUGAAUCUCAUUUCCAAACAUCCGGCUUCAUCUUUAAAAUCAGGGAUCGGUCAGGUAAUUACUAAGUCUGAAUCUUCACCGGCUACCGACCUAGGAGGGUUAAAUGAAGUUAAAUUGAUGUUUGACAUUUGUAUUAAAUGGCCUCUCAUGUAUCCAGAAGCAUUUGAGCGUUUUUCCGUACCCCCACCUAAAGGUGUUUUACUCUACGGACCUCCUGGUUGCGGUAAAACAAGUCUUGUUCGUGCGAUUGCUGCAUCGUCCAACAUCAAUGUCCUUUCGGCCAUGGCGGCAGAACUUUAUUCGCCGUAUUUGGGCGUGACCGAGGCUAAUAUUUCACAGUUAUUCCAAAGAGCAAGGGCCAAUGUCCCCUCGAUAUUGUUUAUAGAUGAAAUAGACGCCUUAGUCAGUUGCCGUACCGAGAAUAAAGAGUCUGCUGGAUUUGAAGAUAGAGUUCUGUCGACAUUUUUAAUUGAAAUGGACGGUAUAAAUAACAGCAAUGAACAUGGACAAGGAGUCGUAGUGGUUGCUGCUACUAAUCGACCAAACAAAAUAGAUGCAGCGUUAUUGAGACCCGGUCGAUUUGACAGACACAUUUAUGUGCCACCUCCAUUUUUAUCAGAUGAACGCUCCAAUAUACUUAGUACAAUUGUUAAUAACCCAAACAAAAAAAUGCCUAUAUCUGAGCCAUCCAUAUUGGAUGAUGUGGCUCUUCAAACUGAUUUGUUUUCAGCAGCUGAUCUCGAAAAUUUAGUAAAAGAAGCAGGUUUGGUAUGCAUGACAAAGGAAGGAAUUGCCAAUUGUACUUCAGUAAAAAAAAAACAUUUUUUCGAAGCAUUAAAUUAUGUUAAACCAUCUUUGACAAAAGAACAAAUUCAGUGGUAUACAAAUUUUGCUGCUAAUCGAUAAAUGUACCAUGUACCUUUUACAAUUAUAAAAUAACUGAAUUAAGGUAAAAUACCUUAGAUUUAAUUUAAUAAACAGUUAGAAGUGAUUUCUGUCUGUCUGUUGUCUACAGCUGUUAAUCUUCUUGUAUAAAACGCCGAUAACAAUAAUAAAAUAAUACUAUACGUCAAAUAGGUUAGUAGUAUCAACGUAAUCCAAAUGUUAAAAGCCACAUUUGAAUUCGGAAUACCAAAUACUUCCAGCAACCAGUGAAACGCCAUUAGACUGAACGCUAAAACAUUUUUAUUCAACCUAAAGCAUGAGAUGAUUAAAUUUAGUAUACAAAUUAUAAUUAUAAGUUGUUUUCCCACUUACUGGUACUUGCAAUAUAAUUUUUGUGACGUU